UUUUAUUACUUUAUAUACCCAAAGCGAGACCCGAGGCCAAGCGUGGCAAAACCAGCUAGCGGUGGCGGCCAGACCCAAUACUUACUUAUCCGGGACCGUGGCGUGCCGUGCCCGGCGUCCGGCGAGGAGAGGGGGGUCACGGGGAGAUAGCUCUUGUUUGCUUGCUGAGGUGGUCUUGGGUGGGUGUGUGACGGACGGUCGGUAGAUGGAGAUGCCGAGGUCGUCGGGCGCGGGCGCGUUCCGGUUUCUUGGCCUGCUCAAGCAGCCGGAGGCGGGCCACGACGGCGCGUGCUUCGAGCUGGACGAGAGCGACGUCGUCUGGCCGGGUGGGCGGCCACGCCCGUAGCCGAGGCUGCGGUGGCCCCGCGGCGCGCCAGCGCGCGGCGUCGCUCGGCGCACGCCGUGCCGCAGAGCUUCGGGCUCUCGUCGCUCCUCGCGGAGGGCGGCGACUGCGGUGUCGAGGGGCAGCAGCUGCACGCGGGGAUGGCCAUGGCCGUGCCUGCGAGGCCGGGUCACGGCACCGCGACACCGACACCGAGGCAGUCGGCGCCGGUGAGGGUGCCGGUGUGGCCGGGGCAGGCGGCCAGGCCCAGGGACAACGCGAAGCGCGGCGCCAAGAAGGCCGAUGAAUCCGACGAAGACGAGAAGGGCGGGGAGGAGAUGGUGCCGCCGCACGUGGUGGCGGCGCGGCGGCACGCGCGGUCGUCGUCGGUGCUGGAGGGCGCCGGGUGGACGCUCAAGGGGCGCGACCUCUGCCGCGUCCGCAACGCCGUGCUCCGCCAGACCGGCUUCCUCGACCUCUGAAUCUCAUCUCAACAACAACAAGAAGAAAAUGCAUGCCAGCCGGCCGGCGCGAUCCACCACCACCGAUGAUGGUCAGCCUCCAUUAAUCCCCGUCGAUCACUGGCGCGAGUCCUGAUCAUCCACCAGCUCCUGCCAUUCCAGCAGCUGCCAUGCCAUGCAUCCUCCCCUGCAUCCAUCCAUCUGGUCUUCAGAGCGACAAAAAUCGAUGUCUGAAAUUCUGGAUACUGCCCCAAUUGAAUUCAAUACAUUCAAUUUCAUU